AAACCCCACUAACUACAUCAUAGCUCAUCUUCACUUGUUGGCUCUUUGAAAGGAAAAAAGCCAUAGCUUCAAUGAGUUCCAUAACCAAAGCUCCUCCUUCCUCUAACGAUGAUAUGUCAACUGAGGAGAGUGGUUGGACCACGUACUUUGAUGACUUCUUCAACAACCAUGUUGUUGAUAACAACAAGUGUUCCAUGUCUUUAUCCGAUGGUAUAGCUAGCUCCUCCCUUGUCUCCGAUGCUGCUUCUUUGGUAGACAAAAAAGUGGCUCAUAGCAAACAAGUUGAGGAGUUUUAUGUGAAUAGAAAUGUCAAGAGUUCAUGUUUAAAGAAAAGGAAGGAUGCAAUAACGGCUUUGAUUGAUGACUCUUUGGAAGAUACGGCAACUUCUCCUCUUAAUAGUCCCAAGGUUUUGUAUGUGAAUCAGAAGAUUGACAAGGCAAACAGACGGAAGUAGUAUAAACCUUUUCUCAGUAGGAGAAAGGCAACACAUCAGGACAAAAGAGAUGAGCAAAAAGAAUUGAGUUUUAAUGGGAGGGAUUGUGAUUGCAAAGAGUUAAAAGAAGAGUGGCCUUUGCUUAGUUCUCUUGUCAAUGGUAGCGAACUUUUUAAUAUUGAUUACUUAGUAUUAUUGGUUAAUUAAGUUCAAUGAUAAUCAUUUUUGCCUUAAAAAAAUAGUAGUAUUAUGUUAAAGUAUUUCACCGUAUACAUUUCUCUCCCUCUCUCUCUCUAUUAGAGCAAAUAGAAAAUCAUGGUGGAACAUGUUACUGGUGCAUAUAAAUGAAUUGAACCUUUUUUCUACUGUU